AUGGUGCAUAGCCGGUGGCGCGAGGAGGCUUCAUUCGAGACCCUGUCGCGUGCGGGGCACUCCGCGUGCGCCUGGGAGGGCAAACUGCUGGUGUUUGGGGGCCGCAUGAGCGCCACCUUCUUUGCUGACGUCUGGGCAUAUGACCCCGCCACCCGCUCCUGGGAGGUGUGGUGCGAGCGGUGGCCGCACGCGUCCCGCAGCUAUCACUCCACCACCCUAGUCGGCGGCGAGGUGUGGCUGUGCGGCGGCAGCGAUGCAGACACGGUGGUGGGCGAUGUGGUGGUGUUUGACCCCGCCACGCGCCGCUGGCGCACCCCCGCACUGCGCGGCGACACGGCGCUGCUGCGGCGCACGGCCCACGGCGCCUGCCUGCACCCGGCGCGGCCUGACUGCAUCCUGCUGCAGGGAGGCUACGGCGGUGGCACUGGCGGCGCCGCUACCCAAGCCUACAACUACCUGGCAGACCUAGUGGAGGUCAACACCCGGACCGGCGUGGUGCGUGGCCUGCGCCCCGCGGGCGCCGCCCCCGAGCCCCGCGCCUACCACGCCUUUGCCCGCCUGGGCGCCUGCUGCUGCUGCGUGGCGGGGCGCAGCCACGGCAACAAGCUGGUCAAGGGCAAGCAGCUGGUGGUGGUGUGGGAUGCGGCGGCCAAUAGGUGGCUCACGCCAGGCGUGGUGGGCGGCGAGCUGGCGCCGCGCAGCAGCCACCGCGCGGCUUCCGUGCCGGGCGGCAUAUUGCUGUUUGGUGGGGCGGUGGACCGAGGUGUCAAGGCUGCCGACCUUCAGCUGCUGGCGGCGGGGGCCCACGGGCGGCUGAGCUGGCGCCAGUGCCCGCCGGGCGGCGAGCAGCCAGGCGGUGGCGGCGGCGGUGGCUGGCCUGCAGGGCGGGGCGCGCAUGUGGUGGAGGUGGUGGGCGGCAGGCUCUAUGUGCUGGGAGGAUAUGGCGAGAGCGGCGGCAGCCAGGCGGGGGUGCCAGAGGCGUCGCAGUGGCGCGAGGCGCGGCGCAGCCGCCCGGCAGCUGCCUUUGGAUCCGAGCCACAGGCAGCCUCAGCUAAGCGCCUGCGGGUUGCCGCGGCAGCGGCACAGCAGGUGCAAGCGGCAGCCUCGGCACCUGCCUGGGAGCCUGGGCCCGUGGCGUGCGGCGGGGCGGAGGACGCUGUUGCUGCUGCCCCAGCUGCCGCCAUGCACCAGGGAGUGCAGCCAGCCGCGGCUCGGCAGCAGCAGCAGCUGCCGCAGCAGCAGCUGCCGCCGGCUGCUGGCCCAGCCCUGGCGCCCGUGCUGUGCGCUGCGGAGCAGCGCUGGGCGGAGCUGCAGGCCGUGGUGCAGCAGCAGCAGGUGGCGGCGGCGGCGCGGGAGCAGCUCGUCGCCGACCUGCAGCGCGAGAAUGCCGCCCUGGUGGCGCAGCGGGAGGGGCUGGAGCGGGAGCGGCAGGCAGCAGACCUCAGCGCGGCGGCGGUGGCGCAGCAGCACGCAGCCCAGGUGGCUGAGCUGCAGCGCCAGCUGGCGGCAGCGCAGCGUGAGCGGGACGAGGCGGCGCGCUCUGCGGCGGCAGCGGGCGAGGCGGAGGCGAAGCUGCUGGAGCUGAGCAGCCAGCUGCGCAGGGAUCGGGAUAGCCUGGAGCAGGAUGCUCGGGAGCAUGUACAGCAGAUUGGUGAACUGAAUCGGAAGGUGGCGGAUCGGCAGGCCAGGCUGGACAAAGCCUUGGCCAAGGUGCAGGAGCAGGCAGACUGCGCCAAGCGGGCAGAGGAGGCCCUGGGCGAGGCGCAGCGCCAGGCGGACGACUUGCGCCAAGAUGUGCAGCGGCUGCAGGCGGCACAGGAGCGGUGGCGGAGGGGCAAGGCGGCGGCGACCAGAGCGCUGGCGACGCUGCAGGAAGGCGUGGAAGCCAUGCCCUGA